GACACAUUGAGCCUUUCGAGACUUUCGCAGAGCUUCAGAGGCACAUCAGAGACGUCCACGCCCCACCGCCGCCAGCACUAGUAUUCGACGAACAUGGAUUUGGCGGAGAGGGCGAUGAGCCAAGGCGCCGAGGAGCGAAGCCGCGCCCUCCGCUCACGCAGCGGCGACCGCCGAGGCCGACCCAUCCGACGCGGAGGAGACCAGGCCCCCCGAGUCGGACGCGCGGAAGGAGCUCUAGGUUCUCAGCAGGCGGCCCGACUGGCGGAGGGAGGCGCUCCUCACCAACAGCAGCAACAGCAGCAGCGAGUGGGACCAGAGUUGGAUCGGAUCACCAGGGCGCUCGCCGACGUAUUCGACCAGGCCGACAACACGUUCGGACUCCAGAGGCAGGAUAUCACGAGGUUGCAGACGGAGGCCAUCCCGAUGGAGCUCAUUCAGGCGUUCUUCCCAGCUCUGGUUCGCAUGACGCUGCGCAACACACAGAGCAUCGCAGCGCUGGAGGCGACGGCGUUCCACCAUAUCCAUCUCGAGAAGAAGCACCAGAUUUGCCAGGCCAUGAGGAUCACCAGCCAGUUCUUUGUCCAAGAGGCCACCAGGCUGCGGCGGGAGAACGCGCAGGCGCUGCGCGAGAAGGCCAAGGUACCAGAGUUAGACGCCCUAGGAGUUCCACGCCCACAUUUGUGGCUGGCCUUGCUCGGCGCGGUCCGUCAGCAAGGCGAGAGAGUCGGAGCGGCCAACGCGGAGGUGAUUGCGGACUAUCUCGACGCAGUCAAGGCGGACGGAUCGAUGACCAACGAGAAGAUGUGCGACACGGUACGGCACUGCAGGAUAUCAUACACACACGACAGGAAGACAAUGAAGAUACACAUCUCGGCAGAGAGCUCUGGCGUCGUGCCGCAGCUGCUCGACUCCUUGAAGCAGCUCGGGGCGGAGAUCAAGCGUGGGACCCCACCCAGGUCGCACAACGAGCGGAUCAUGCAGCUGUUGUUGGAUCACGCCGAGAUGUAGAUACAUCGUGGACACAGCCUCCCCAAAGAACGAUUUCGACACAUCGAAUGACAUUGCCUCCCAGAAUGAUUCGACACACAGAAUGACCUCGCCACAGAGAAUGAGUUCGACACCCCGAACGAUGACGCCACUGAGGGUGAGUUCACUAGCUAGAGCGGCUUUGCCAUCAUAUCCUGCUCCGCCGCCUCGCGAGUGCCUGAGCCCGAGUAACCCUGGGCCUGCUAGAGAGCGUCACCCUCCUCCUCCUCCUCCCCUGACUCGUCCUUUGACGCCUCCCCCGCUUGACCUCCCUCCUCGAAACUUUUUGGAGCCCCAACCCCCCUCGUCCUCGAGUGCGACUUUAAACCCCCCUCGUCCUCGGCCGCUGAGCCUCCCUCCUCCUUUUCGGAAUCCUGUGGGUCGGUCUUUGGAGGCCAGCAUCCUUCGUUUAGUUGGACGAAUCCCUCGGGGACCUGAUCCUGAAACGCACCGAAGGACGAGGACGCAGGGAUAGAGUUGGGCUAUUAAUUAAGUUCUAUUCUUGCUUGCGUUCCAUUUCGUCUCGGCCUACUGUAGUAGCAUCCUAAUUUUGUCGGGGACGCUCGGUGGCUCCAGGGAUAUCUCCGAGGCUGGUGUCCACCGCGGGGCGUUCAAGCCCCCCCCCUUGGCACUGCCCGCUUUCGAGCGCACUCGAGGUGCUUGGGUCUUUAAGCAGUGCUGGGCAGUUUUCCACCGGCGCUGAGUUACAGACACCCGUGCACCUGAUGUUGCCGCCGCCGCCGCCCCCUUCUUCUCCUCCUCCUCCCUCCUCCUCCUCCUCCUCCUCCUCCUUC